AUGGAGCGUCUCCGGGUGUGGAGAUUCUUAUGCCUCAUCGUCCUCACUGCUGCCCAGAGCACCACACACAGGCCCGACCAUCAGCCCUCCUACCUGCUGCUGGCUCCCAGAGCCCUCCGUCCCGGAGUCCCCACAUCAGUGUCAGUCACCAUCUUGACCACCUCGCCGGUCACUAUCCACGAGAGCGAGUCCAGCUACUGGCACCCUUACAGCCUGGAGGUCAAAGGCCACCAGGGUAACGUUGAGGUUUUCUCCAACUCAACACAGCUGCAGUUCGACCCCAAAGCUCUCUCCAGCUUCAUUCAGACAGACAAACCGAAGUAUCUGCCCGGGCAGGAGGUGAAGAUCAGAGUGGUGUCCAUUAACCCCGACGGGAAACCCUACGUGAGCCCGGUGGACAUCAUCAUCAGAGAUCCGAGGGGGAACCUGCUCAGACAGUGGCUGGCUGUGGACAGCGUCCUGGGGGUCGUGUCCAAAGAGUUUCAGCUGUCUGAAAACCCCCCUCUGGGUAAAUGGACCAUCGUCACCACAGUCAGUAGUGUUACAAGCGAGAAGCAUUUCAACGUGGCCCAUUACGCUCUGGCAAAGUUUGAAAUUGCGAUAGACGUUCCAGAUGUGAUUUUUCAUGAGGACACUCUGUGGGGCUCGGUCACAGCAAAGUACAUGUACGGCAAGCCUGUCCAGGGACACAUGAACAUAACGUUCCUGCAUCAUUUUCAUGGUAUUAAAGACGCCUAUGAUGAACAGAGAGAGAUUAACGGCACCGAAGGCUUCAUGUUUGAGGUUCCCGACUACCACCCAGUGAACAGAAGAGCUCUGGAAAUGGUCUUCUAUGAUGAAUACAUGGAUGAUGAGUUUCUCACAAUUGUGGUUCAUGUGACCGAAGACCUCACAGGUCUCACAUAUAACAGUACGGCAAAGGUGUCGUUGGCAAAGUUCAGAUAUAAAGUUUCCUUCGAUGGCUAUCCCCAGAUCUUAAGACCCUCUCUGAACUUCACAGCCAGGCUAAAAAUAUCUACAUACAACGAUCAGCCGCUGUCACUGGAUGAUCAGCUUAAGAUCGUUCAAGUGUCAGUGAUUCAACGAAGGCAAAGUCCGUGGAUUUGGAAAAUGGACAAUAUGGAAGAAUUGGUGCCUCGUAGAUCAAACAUAUCGGAUCCUUCAGGAACUGUGCGUCGCCGUCCAGAGGAGAUGCCGCCUGAAGAUAUGGAGUUUCCUGUUCCUGCAGACGGAGUAAUACCCCUCAACAUCCAGCUCAUGAAUGAAACUGAAACACUCACAAUUGAUGCAUCUUUUGAGGACAGCCACAACACACUACAACUCUAUAGAAGCUACACAUCCCCCAGUAACUCCUACCUGCAGAUUCAGAAACCCUCCAGACCUCCAGAGGUUGGUUCACCUCUCCUGCUGCACAUUGAAAGGAAUUUUCCAGUGACUGAGAUUCACUACUUGGUGAAGUCCAGAGGCCAGGUGGUGUUUGCAGGGAAAAGCUCUGGUGUUCUAUCUCUGGUCCCAGAAAUCACCUGGGCUCCUCUGGCCACCAUCAUCGUCUACUGUGUGCGUCCCAGUGGAGAGAUUGUAAACGACCUGACACAGCUAUCCAUCUCACAGACUUUUCAAAACCAGGUGUCUCUGAGCUGGAACAACGCUAUGAGGAGGCCAGGCGAGGAGGUCACACUGAGGGUCAAAGUCGCAGAGCCCGCCUCUCUGGUCGGGAUCCUGGUGGUCGACAAGGCAACAAAGUCUGUCGGAUCACACAAUGACAUCACCAAGGAGACGGUGCUGAAAGAGAUGGGGGAGUACGGCCUUUCCAUGGCUGACGCCUACUCGGACAUGUUUGGAAUGGGAGAUCCAUCCUCCGUCUUCAAGACAUGUGACCUUGUGGCGCUGACUGAUGCCAGUUUACACAUGACGGAAUAUCAGCUGAAGCCUGUAUUACCAGGGGAGGGACCCUUCUUCCAGAUGGACAUUUCAGAUAUGGAGCAUCAGCCGGAGCCUCGGGAGCGCUGGAACUUUCCAGAGACCUGGAUAAUGAUGGACACCAACACAGGUGAUUCAGACUCAGCAGAGAUAACUCUGACUGUACCGGACAGCAUCACAACCUGGACAGCCACUGCCUUCGUCAUGUCUGAGAACCUGGGCCUGGCCAUCAUCGAGGAGCCUGCAGAGCUCACAGUGUUCCAGGACUUCUUCCUGUCCUUGAAUCUUCCGGCCUACAUCGUCCGAGGAGAGGAGCUGCUGUUGGAAGUCAUUCUGUUCAACUACCUCCCACAGGACCUGGAGGUCAUGGUGAUCGUCGCACACAGUGACACCUUCGAGUUCGUCUUCCCGGACAAUGAGGGGCUCUCCAUGCCCAGUGUUAGUCAUGUGUCCGUGGGGAGUCAAAGCGGAGCGUCCGUCCUCAUUCCCAUCAGGCCGCGGGUCCUCGGAGAGAUCCCCAUCUCUGUGAAAGCCAUGUCGUCUGCGGCGUCCGACUUCAUCCGCACGACGGUGCUCGUCAAGGCCGAAGGACUCGAGCAGUCGUUCUCCACCUCGCUGCUGUUUGAGGUUUCUCCCUCGCAGUCGAGCCUCUCCAGAGACGUGAAUUUCACCUUCCCGGCAGAUGUUGUGGAAGGCAGCGAAAGAGCCUCGGUGACGGCCGUCGGCGACAUCCUCGGCCCGUCCAUCAGCGGCCUGGACUCUCUGAUCCAGAUGCCUCACGGUUGCGGUGAACAGAACAUGAUCAACUUUGCUCCGAACAUCUACGUUCUGCAGUAUCUGAGUUCUACAGGACAGAGUGACGAGGAGACGACACGCAGAGCCACAGCGUACAUGAUGAAGGGUUAUGAGCGAGAGCUGUCCUAUCAGAGACUAGAUGGUUCCUUCAGUGCCUUCGGAGACCAGGACUCAUCUGGAAGCACCUGGCUCUCCGCUUUCGUGCUGAGGUGCUUCCUGCAGGCGCGGCCGUUCAUCAGCAUCGACGACCACGUGCUGCACAGAGUGGCGGCCUGGUUAGGAGCCCAGCAGGGGGCUGAUGGGAGAUUCAACGAGCCUGGCCGAGUCAUCCACACCGAGCUCCAGGGAGGCCUGGACGGCCCCGUCUCCCUCACAGCUUACGUCCUGAUCGCCCUGCUGGAAGCCAACGACAUCAAGGCUCAGUUUGAAAACUCCGUGUCUGCAGCCCUGAUAUUCCUGGAAACCCGUCUGGCUCUUGGCGUCUCCAGUAACUACAGCCUCAGCCUGCUCAGCUACGCUCUGGCUCUGGCCGGCAGCUCGGGUGCUAACACGGCAGUCAGCCAGCUGAUUGGACGAGCUGAGAUGAAAGAUGGCGUGCCGAUGUGGUCGUCCCCAGAAGGCGGCCUGUCGUUGUCGUGGCAGCCUCGCUCUGCAGACAUUGAGAUGGCGUCCUACCUGCUGCUAACUCAGCACAAACUGGGUCUCAUCACAGAGGGCCUGGUCCUCAUGAAGUGGCUCAGCAGACAGCGGAACCACAUGGGAGGAUUCGGGAGCACCCAGGAUACAGUCGUGGCUCUGCAGGCCUUGUCCACGUUCGCAGCUCUUGGCGGCUCUCACGAUGUUGACCUCACUGUCCGAGUGAACGCCGACGCUUCGACCACCGUCGCCUCCUUCCACAUCCGCCAGGACAACUAUCUGCUUCACCAGAGGCAGCAGAUUGAACCAGUGAAGGAACUAAAGCUCCAGGUGACUGCAGAGGGUCGUGGACUCGCCCUGUUUCAGCUGAACGUGUUUUACAACGUCAGGAGCGAGGAGCUGAUGAGGAGGCGGCGGGAGGCGGGCGAACACGAGGCGUUUCAUCUGCACGUCAAGCUGUUUGACACCGGAAUAAACUCGGCACAUCUGUACAUCUGCAGCAGUCUGUCAGAGGGUCUGGGUCUGAACGCGACCGGCAUGGCCAUCAUGGAGGUGGGGCUGCCGAGCGGCUUCAGCCUGCUGCAGGACGGCGUCCACACCGACAGCGUCGUAAAGAAAGUGGAGACGCAGCCGGGGAAAGUCAUCCUGUACCUGGACUCUGUGACGACGGAGGAGAUGUGUCUUGAGAUUCCUCUGGUCAUGGAGUACAAGGUUGCCAAAGUGCAGGAAGCCAGUGUGGUCAUUUAUGAUUAUUAUGAACCAGCACGGAGGACGGCGAGGACGUAUAAAUCCGACUGGAGGAGCGACAUGUCCUCCACCUCCUUCUGUGGUGAAGACUACUAUUAUUGCGAAGUAAACAUCCAUUACUCUACCAACGCUGCAUCCCACUGCAGCCAAAACUUGCUGCUGACCAGUUUACCACCUGCUCUGCUCCUCCUCCUCAUCAUUACCUUCGGCAUCUAA